AUGGCCGCAGGAACAGGCCCAAAGAUCUAUUUGAAGACACCAACAAUCAAGUCAGAGAUCAAAGAUGUCGAGGCCGCUGAGGGACGUAAGCCGGCCCACCAUGGCGAGAAAAAUACAUCAUCCGGACCACACUUGCUCUUGAGGAAACGGAACCCCAACAGUCUACACCUUACAGAAGAACCAAGCCCCCAACGCCGCUUGGCUGGUGCACACGAUGUCAUCCUUGGAUCCUUUGCUCACACCUCUACAGCCCCUCGAGGCGCUUUAGACUCCAGGGCGCUGAAAACAUCUCCAGUACCAUCUCCUGGGGCAAGUACCAGUCAUCUGCAGCUCGAGCAUCUCCUCCAAGCUGUAGAUGCAGAUCUCGACGGGUACGGUCUUGAGGAAUCGCGGGAUGGAUUCUUCGACGCUGCCUUUAAUCGGCCGUUAAAACGCAAUCAUGAGGAUCUGAUGAUGAAAGCAGCCGAGACUUUGCCAGAUGCAUUCCGGAAGAAGAAUCAUCCACUCUCGUUACGGCGAUUCCUGCCUCAGCAAUUUCGCGAAGCAAAGGCUUUUUUCCAGAGGAUUAGUACGUCUAGGGCAGGUAUCCGCCUUUUGAAGACAUUUCUUGGGUUUAUAAUUACUUAUAUCAUCUGUCUAAUACCAGCUUCAAGGGACUGGCUUGGCAAAUAUAAUUACAUUAUGGUUAUUUCUGCAAUCAUCAAUCACCCAGGAAGAGCGGUCGGUAGCCAGCUUGACGGUACUAUUCUCACUAUCCUCGGUACCGUCGCUGGCUUGGGCUGGGGGUCUCUAGCUCUUUACGUCUCCACAUCUACGGCUACAGCCCAGUCCGGAUACGGCGGUAUAUUGGCUACUUUCCUUAUUAUCUUCGCUGUACUCAUCGGCUGGUUACGAUGCGUCUUCAUCAGGCUCUAUCAAGCCGUACUCUGUGCUGGAAUUGCCAUCGUUUACACAUGUCUAGCAGACACAUCCCAGAGUGUGGGCUGGAAAAAGGUCUUCGAUUAUGGCAUACCGUGGGUACUAGGCCAGGCUGUUUGCCUUAUCAUCGCAGUCCUCGUUUUCCCAGAUGCUGGUUCAAGGUCGCUUGCACUUGCUCUUCAUGAUUCAUUGAACACAAUACAAGCGGGACUUGUGUUACCAUCCCCGGAGAUGCCGUUUCUGAAACGCAAGCUUGCCUGGCAGUUCGUCAAUAUCUCUCAGGCUGUUCGAGACUUUACUCUCGAAUUUACGUUUUCACGUUUCCUUCCCAACGAUGUUGCACUGAUACGCAACCUGAUCCAAGGUGUCAUACGAUCUAUCUUGGCAAUCACCCCUGACCCAACUCUCUUUGCCGAUUCCGAUUCGCCCACUGAGCCAGCCUUCGAGCAGAGUACCGGUGAUGUGCAGCAGGGUCCCAUACUCCACCAUGAUCGAGCCAAGCGGACAAUUUGCCACACCCUCAAGGAGCCCACGAGAGUAUUGAUUGACGCCAUGGUAGCCAAUAUUACGCGCGCAGACCAAACGAUUUUAUCUAUUGGUGGGCAAAAAGCCGCAAAAAACGAACCAUACAUCCUUUCGCAAGCCCUGGACAAUCUGCGAACCGCCAAGGAAGCGUUCGACUCAGCCGACGCUCUACUGGUCGCGCACCCCCAUUUGCCGUCUGAAUAUGCCAAAAGUCCUGAUGUGAUACAGCUUUUCCUGUUCGUUCACCCCGUACGCCAGACAGCAGACAAAGUGGAGGCGCUUGUGGCCAAGGUCUUAGAAAUGGAGCAGGCAAAAAGAAAAUGGAGUAUUCGCGCACCGUCUUACCCAUUCCAUAAGGCAAUCAUGCGGACUAAUUACCAGGUAAGACACGACCGUGGAGGGCUGACAGCGGGCUUCUACUUUCGUAGCAAGAAACAACUGGAUAGAACAAUGGCGGAACUUCAGAGCAGUGCCUACAUUCCGGCGGCAAGACAUGCAGCAGGAGGGCAGGGCUUGAAGGAUGCGCCAGAACAGCCACCAGUGAUCGGAGAGUACCAAAAAGAACAAGAGUAUGACCAUGGCAAGAGUUCGGGCAAAGCACCUUUUCGAUAUCGAGCGUGGGAGAUGUUACACCGGUUACAAGGCUUCGAAUCACGGUUUGCUUUCAAAGUCACCCUGGUCACUACGCUUCUCUCUGUCCCUGCUUGGCUUCCACAGAGUCGAGGAUGGUGGAAUGAUAAUGAAAGCUGGUGGACUGUAGUCACGGUUUGGGCCAUGAUGCAUCCACGCGUUGGCGGGACCUUCCAGGACCUUGCUGUGCGGACCUUUUGCGCUGCCAUUGGUGCGAUCUGGGGUGGGCUCGCCUACGCAGCAGAUAACGGAAAUCCGUACGUGAUGGCCGUAUUUGCCGCCGUCUACAUGAUACCAAUGCUUUACCGUUUCCACGCAAAGCUCGCAUCCUCGUUCAGGAGUAGUUGGAUGCCUAAGCUUCACCGUGGUCUCAUUGAGCGCAUAUACGGAAGGUGGCUACCCAUCUGUCGUCGCCAUCGCCUGGACCAGAGGCCUUGCUUUUGUCGUGGGGUUGGUAGCCGCCUUGACCGUCAACUGGGUCCUCUGGCCUUUCGUCGCCCGCCACGAGCUCAGAAAAUCUUUAUCCAGCACGAUGCUCCAUUCAGCCAUCCUUUACCGUGGUGUCGUAGCCAAAUACAUCUACUACACGAAAGGUGA